AUGUGGAAUUUUCAUUCCAAUGGUGAGGCUACAGGUCUCAGUUGGCGCUCUUCUACAUGGUUCAUUCUGUCGACAAUUGCGAUCGCGUUGUUCGCUGAAACAUUCCUCUAUGGUUUCCUUGUGCCCAUGUUGCCAUACAUGCUUCGAUCGCGAUUACAUCUGAGUGGAGCCAAAAUACAGAAACAGACAUCUCUCGUGCUCGCCAUACAUGGAAUGGUCUCGGUUGUUUCGGGUCCCAUCAUCGGCCACUUUGCGGAUAAAACUACGAAUCGCAAGCUCCCACUAUUACUUUCCCUUGUCGCGUGCAUAGUCGGUACUGGCAUGGUUGCCGGCUCAAAUUCGCUUGCUGUGCUCUUUAUUGGCCGUGUGAUGCAGGGUAUUGCUGGGUCCUCAGUGUGGAUCGUUGGCCUCGCGACCGUAGCUGAUACUGUGGGUGGAAAUAAUAUGGGCAAGAUCGAGGGCAUAAUGAUGUCUUUUCUAUAUUCUGGAUUGAUAGGUGGACCGCUUGUGUCGGGUCUGCUCUUGGAAUACGUGGGCUAUUGGUCGACAUGGUCGUUACCGCUCUUGCUUCUUAUUAUAGAUUUCUGUGCACGUCUAGUCAUGACGGAGAGUCGACCUGCGGAGGUUUUAACCAACAGGCAAGAAUCGACUGAAUCCAACGCGUGUGCUGUUACUGAACCUCUUCUAUCCCCAUGCGAGACUCCUCAGACUCGCUCUACUGCAGGGAAUUUCUGGCGCAUCAUCCUCACUGAUGAGAGAGCGUUGACAGCAUUGGUCAUGGCUAUUGCGACAACAACAGUUGGCACAAGUUUCCAUGCGACACUUCCCAUUCAUAUACAAGAGACAUUUGAUUGGGGCUCCAGGGAAAGUGGAACCUUGUUCGCUUGUCUCAUUAUGCCGACGGUCCUGGUCAGUCCAAUGGCCGGAUGGUUGCGCGAUCGAUAUGGUGUGAAGUAUCCUGCCAUGGCAUCUGCGAUUUUUCAAGGAGUAAUAUUUGUACUAUUGGGCCUUGCUGGUACCGAUUUUCUCCCUUGGACUCGUGUUCAGACCGGAGGCGGCGCGUUGUACACGGGCUGCAUUCUCGCCCUCGGUGUAGCGCGGCCGUUUACGGCGAACGUCGGCACUGUCGAACUUUCUGCCGUUGUGAAGGCGUAUCAGGAGGACUCGCCCGGGAUUUUCGGACCUGCAGGGGGCAUGUCCCGUGUUUUUUCUCUUGAUGAUGUUGCUGCGUCGCUUGGGACAGUUCUGGGCCCGAUCGUCGGCGGUUUUCUCAAAGAAUACGUUGGAUAUACCUAUAUGUGUUGGGCUUGGAGAAGUGAGGAGAAGAAAGAGGAGAUCAGGUAA